AUGGAAGGUUGGAGUGAGAUAUCACGAUUAUCCCAUGCCAGUUCGGUGUCGGCAUUGGAGUUUGAUACUCAGAAUGAGUUAAUAUGGCUCGGGGGUGGUGAUGGGUAUAUUAAUUCCUACAGUCCUUACGAGUAUCAAUAUAAUUUGCAAUUAUAUCCUUACACUAAAUUUAGAUCUAGUAUAAACGAUUCAGUCAAUCAAAUCAUAUCCAAAAACCAUCUUUAUUCACUAUCAUCAUCAAAUAUAAAUGUCAAUAAUAAGAGAGGAAUGCCCUUACAUAAUAUCAAUGAAAGAUUGAAUCCAUAUUAUAAUAAAUUCAAUUGUAUGACAGUCAAUGAGUUAAAUAAUGAGUUGAUUAUAAGUAAGCAAGAUUCAUUAUUCAAAAUUAACUUGAAUAGAAGUGACAGUUAUAGUGAAUUGGACUUCAAAAGUAACUUAUCGUUUUUAAACCAUCAAUCGAAAUUCUUAACUUUAGGUAAACUCGAUGGAUCAGUCAGUUUAUUUGAUCAGAAUUCAAAUAAGGUCAUUAAGGAUUUCCAAGGUCAUAGUAAUGGAUUGAGUGAUUUAGAUGUUCAGGGGAACUAUUUAGUUACUUCAGGAUACUCCAUAAGGCAUAAUAACUUUUUUGUUGAUCCAUUGAUCAAUUUAUACGAUCUCAGAAUGAUGAAAUUAUUAUCACCAAUCCCCUUCCCAUUUGGCCCGUCAUUCGUUAAAUUUCAUCCUAAAUUACCAAAUUAUAUAGUCAUAGCAUCAAAGAAUGGGAACAUUCAAUUUCUUGAUAUGUUUGAUCAAUCCAACUUUCAAUUAUAUCAAAUAGAUCUACUCAGUUCAUCGAAUUAUUUGAAUGAUUUGAAAUUUAGUUCAAAUGGUGAAAUGUUGGGAUUUACUGAUAAUUUCAAUAAUUUGAUCUUAUGGGGGUUCAAUAACAGUACCAAAAUGAAUAAUUUUUCCAUUGAUUUAGACCCUUUACCAGCUAUUGAAACUGAUAAUCAUGAGAAAUUACCUGUUGAUGAUGAUAAUAUACCUUUGAAUGUGGUAGGUAUGCCAUAUUAUAAAGAUUUAUUACUUUCAAAUUAUGGAUCUAACUUAAUCUUCACUAAAGAGUUAGCUAAAUUACCUUUGAAGUAUGAUAAUGAAAAUUUACCUUUCUUGAAAUUCAUCGAUAACAAAUUUGAUAACAAUUUCCAUAAAUAUUAUCCUUUGAAAGUGGACCAGAAUCUUAUCCCGUUCAUCAGUGAUAAUUCGUCUAAAUUUGAUGAUAGAUUUUUCCGAAUCCCCAACUGUUAUAAUAAGUUAUUGAUCAAAUACUCCAAAUUUGGGAUUGAAGAUUUCAAUUUUAACCUUUUCAACAAAACUAAAUUCAGUGGGUUGGAGAAUAAUUUGGAUAAUAGUUAUGUGAACUCAAUUUUACAAUUAUAUAAAUAUCAAAGUGAUUUCCAGAAUAUAAUUCUUAGGAAUUUAUUCAACGAAUGGUUACCUAAUGAUGAGAUAACCAUAAACAAGCAAGGAAAUUUCAAAGGGUCAUCGUUAUUGAAUGAAAUGGGAUAUUUAUUUGAUAUGUUGAACAAAACCAAUGGUAAAAAUUCCAUCAUAACUAACUUUUCCGAAUUUUUAAAUACCAUAGCACCACCAGAAUUAUUAAAUUUUGAUGAUUUGAAGACUGUUAAUAGUGAAAACUUGAAAUUGAAAACUUUGGGCUUCAAUCAAUGGAUGCUUAAUAAAUUAAUCGAAGACUUCCAAAUUCAAGGUACUUUUAAUAAUGACAUAUCAUCAUUAUUCUUGAUCAAAACCAACAGGAACAUAUUAACCAGUAUAAACUUAUUCCCUAUUAAUGUUCAAGGUAACAUAACAAAUUAUUUAAAUUAUUCAUUAUCUGGUAUAAUUGAAUUACCCAAAAUGUUAUCAAUAAAUGUUAAUUUCAGUAAUAAGGACUUGAAAUCUUUGGACUCCAACUGGUUAUUACCUGAAUUAUUUACUGCUUCUAAUAAUGGAAUCAUCGGAUUCACUAAUUAUUCCGACAAUAAAUAUGAACUUUUGGGUUAUGUGGCAGAAAUCAAUAAUGGACCUGAAACUUCAAUUGGGAAUCAUAAUUUAAUAACUUUUGUCAAAAUUGAAGGUAAAUGGUACCUUUUUAAUGACUUUUUAGUUAUGGAAAUCCAUGAAGAUGAAGUUUUCAAUUUCAAAAAAGAUAAUAAAAGACCUUUGAUUUUAUUAUACCAACAUUCUCAACCCCCACCAAUGUUGAAAAUCACUAACAAUGAAGAUAUCAAUGAUUCAAUUCUUUAUAAAGAUCAUUUUGCCUUGAAUAUCAGAGAAGAUUAUAUCAAACAAUAUAAACUCUUAACUAAAGAAGAUCCACCACAACCAGGAAGUUUAAUUGCCAUUGAUGCAGAAUUCGUUAUGUUACAAAAAGAAUUGUUUGAGAUCAACUUUCAAGGAAUUAAGAAUCUUAUUAAACCAAAGAAAUCCAGUCUUGCCAGAAUUUCAGUCAUUAAAGACGAUGAAACACCUUUUAUUGAUGAUUACAUUAUUCAUAGUCAAAAGAUCGAAGAUUAUAUAACAUCUUUCUCAGGUAUAGAACCAGGAGAUUUGGAUCCUGUAAAUUCAACCAAGAAUCUAGUCACUUUCCAAACAAGUUAUAGAAGAUUAUGGCUCUUAUUAAAUAUCGGAUGUGUGUUCAUAGGUCAUGGUUUAGAUAAUGAUUUCAGAACUAUCAACUUACAUGUACCACCUAACCAAAUAAGAGAUACAUCGUUAUUAUUCUUUUUAUCGGAUUACAAGCGGAAAUUAUCAUUGAAAUUCUUAACCUUUGUUGUUUUGAAUGAAAGAGUUCAAGUGGGUAAUCAUGAUUCAAUAGAAGAUGCAAAAUAUGCCUUGAAGUUAUAUAAAGCAUAUUUGGAAUUGGAAAAAAAUGGUAUGUUACAAUCUACUUUAGAUUAUGUAUAUUAUGAAGGACAAAGAUUGAAAUUCAGAGUCCCCGAAUAG